CCACUGAUGUCCUCAUGGUUUGCACCUCAGAUCGAGAAAAACCUGCUUUUUUAGGUUUUGAACCAAGUUAUUUUUGCACUGCAGACUGAGUUUUUGGCGCUUAUCUGCAUGAACACUGUGGCGGUAUGGCGUGCUGUCAGCGACCCGGAGACACCUGAUUGGCUGGACGGCAGGGCGGAAGUGCGUCUGGUAUCCCAGCUGUGCUGCUGAAAACAAAACAAGACAAGCUGCGACUGCACCAUGAUGGAUGAGCUGGUGCAGGACCUUGUGUCUGCUCUGGAGCAGACCUCAGAGCAAAGUAAGCUGGGGGAGCUGUGGGAGGAAAUGGUCCUGAGUCCCCUGCACCAGCGCCGGCAGAUCCGCCGCCGCAGAGGCCGCAAGCGCUAUCGCGAAUCUUCCCUCUAUCCGCUAGAACACAGACGAUGCUGGAUUGAGGCCUCUGAGUCCAGCUUGGACGAGACUAAAGGAUAUAGGAACAACUCCUCCUCAACCAUCACUGCCUCCGUGGCCAACUGCAGUGACUCUGACGACAUGACUUCAACCAACCGAUGGCGUUCUGUCAUGAGAGGCCCGGUCAGGACUAGGCAACCCUCCUGGCCAGAGUCUGACUCCUUCACGGAGAAUAAUCCAGGUCGGCAACUCAGGAGGCGGAGGAAGGUCAAACGCAUGACCUCAGAUGUUGCAGUUGGGCUGCAGCAGAAGUUAAAGGUUUCUGGUGUGGACAGAAGACGGAGACACAGGCCGUCUAAGAUGCAGCAUCUGUCAGGAUCGAAGAAGAGGUCUGGCGGUUGGGUGGGAGCAGACCGACAGUUGGAAGGAGCCAGGCUGAUGGGAAAGGAGUGCUGGAAGAGAAAGAUGGCCAAGGAACACCGAGAUGCUGCAGAGGAGAACAUGUCUGAGGGGGAAACCAGCAGCACGUGCAGCAGUGACCCCGGCCUCUUCACCAACGAUGAGGGAAGACAAGGUGAUGACGAGCAGAGCGACUGGUUUUUCGAGGGGGACUGUGGAGUCGGGACAGGUGUGGCUGGCCUGCUACCUGGCUGGGACUCAGACACCCAGCUUUCCAUCGAGGACAGCCGUCCCCCGCCCACCUUCCUGCAACCUGCACGACCCUCUAAAAGAGGGUAUCGGUAUCAUUCUCGUCUGAAGCGAGUGCCUGGCUCUGCUGCCUGCUGCAUCAGGAAGGACAGGAGGCGGCUUCCCAGCAAGGGCAACAGCAUGCCAAUGUUUGUAGAGAGACUGAGACACUUCUCCCAAGAUCCUUACCAGAGAGACUUUUGGCUGCCUCCUGUUGGAAAAAGAGACCGAUGCCAGUUGAACCCUUUGUGCCCAUUUCCAGUGUGUCCUAUUGACAUGGUGUCAGAGAGCUCCCGCCUCAGAUGUUCCUCCUCAAUCUGCAGAAACAGGCAGACUAAUGUCUCCUGUGCAUACCAGUCCUGGAAUAACAUCAGGAGGAGGAGGAAAGCUGUGUCUGUCACAACAAUAGCUAGCAACCCAUUUCAUGAGGAUCAUCAGAGAGAAGAGGCACAGGGAGCCAGUAACACCUCAACCCCAGACGAUGUGGGACCAAGUGCACCAAGUUCACAGAGUUUAUCUUUCCUCCUGGGGGACAGUGAGGAGACCUGAACGGGGCUGGACAUGGAUGCCUAAGUGACAAAGGAAAAACUAUUGUGCCAGAGAAUGAAAAGGCCAAUGCUGCACAAACUUCAUGACAAAGAAAAAAAAAACACAAAGCACAUCGUUACUUCUCAAAUCAGCAUGUUACUGCUAGAUCCAGUCUUUCCAGGUAGUGUAUUAAAGCAUGACAAAUGUUAAUGCAAUCAAGCCUUGUUAAGCACUCUGCCAUCUCCUCAAAGCAGCUUCAAGAGGCUCCUUGUUUGACUCAAGACUGGAACGGCUCCUCCUGUUUCCACACACAGUCUCCAGGCCACCUGCUACCACACAAUCCAACAAUUAUGUCCACUCUAGUAGCGCAGCGUUUGUCAGCGGGAGCGGGAUAGUCAGGUGAGGCUGGAUGGCCGGGAGGGGGCGGGGAGUCUGCUCCACUUUACGACAGACACCAGCGGCUGUGCAGGAAGCACGUAGCUAGCUCCGAGACAGGCGAGCAUCAGAAUGUUUAGCAACCACAUGCUGCUACAGGGUUCAGAGAGGCGACCACCGGUAGAGAGCCACACAAAGUACAGGCCUCCUAUUAGCAUGGAUUUGAAAAGCUACAGUUUGUACAAAGGUGCUCAUUAGCACAACACAGGGGGAGCGUAGUCGCCAUCCUCGGAGGGCCGCCUCUGUUCUCUUAAGCUUACCUUCCAUAUUCAAAUUCGUCCAAAUGUAUUUAAGUUCAAGGCCAGCUGCAAAUCUGUUUGAACAGCCUGUUUUUCAGCAGUUGUGGAUUAGUUGCUUUUGGGGCUGUGCAGAAAGGAGUCGGAGGAGCAUUUGGAGACAGGAGAGGAGAGUCGUACACUGUAUUUUCACCUACCCUUGGGGUAUACAUUUCCCCGGCUCCCUCGGCAUCAGAUGCAUUAAAAGAUCAAUGGCAGCAUACAGUGAGAUCAAACACAACACUUCUCACCGAGCUGGUAAACACGCAGUAUUUUCAGAAAAAUGCAUUCUAAUAUAAGAGUCAAGUGAAAUACAUUCUGCUUGACCCCAACAAUGUAGGUGAUAACUAUCUUUAAAAACACAGUCGCAUGCCUAAUCUCUACUGGUGUCUUUUACAGCAAAAUGUUGCCGUGAAGAGAAACUGAGUUUUUUUUCUGAAAUCUUCCCAGCAACAAAAGGCACAGGUAUGCACUUUCUACAAUGAUUACAAGAUACCUUUUUUGUGUGAAAUGGACUGCAUUAUCAUCAGCUACAUUCUGCAUGUCUUUCUCAGACACUUUAAAGCCGUAUUUAAGAGAAGAAUCGCAUUUAGUAGAAUGAGAUUUGCCAAUUAACGUGAGUUAUAUGUCUGCAAUAAUCUGUCUGAGAAGGCUUUAUGUGAUCAUGUUGGCCAGGGAUGACAUUUAUAAAUGCUGUGUGUGCACACUCGUCUAAAUGGAUGCCUCACACAAGACAUCCUGCCACGGGAAUCAGUCAGUGUUGCGACAGAGAGCCCCCCACACACACACACACACACCUCCCCCCACUCCUUGCUACCACCGCUGCAGCUUGACCAGGAGCACUGCGGGCUCUUUUCUCACCAGUAAUAUAUAAUCCAGACUGAAUACAUUCAUAAUUAGAAAAAAAAUAUUUGAUAAAUACAUUGGUGGCUUCUUUAAGACAUAUGCCCCUGGAUGUGUUGACAAGUAUUGACUGUGUAGUGUUUUAAGGAGAGCUUCUCGCCGUUGCCCAAUCCGUCAGUCUGUGUUUUGGUGCCAAGGCAUUGACAGGAAAGGAAGACGCAUCAGUUCGGAUACAGUUCCAUCAGUAGUUGAAGGGGAAACACCUUUCCUGCCUCGCUGGUAAUUAGCAGUCACCAUAAUGACAUCUCAGCCAGACCAUAUGCCCCAAAAUGUAUUUCCAAUGGCCAGGAAGUGGGGGAAUGGCUUCCGUGCAGCCAGUCAAUUGCCCUGUUACAGUUAAGGAAUCAGGCAGGCUGGUACCACUCAUAUUUCAUCCCAGGUAAAGAUUACCUGUCAGACCCAUGGGAGAUGUAUUGAUCUGUUUUCCUUUUUCCGCCAGCAAUCACCUGACAAAGGCACCUAGGAGGCGAGUGAAUGAGUGAUGCCUGGUCUGUCUGCUCCAGCAUAGUGGCUUCUAGUGUCCACUGAUGGGUGGAGAGGUGAUGAGGAAGAGGAGAGAUAAUGCAGUCAUAAACUCUGUUUGAACCUCCUCUGUAUGCAUGCAGGGCAGCCCCUUGGUUCCCCCGGGGUCACAGAAAAAUCUUGCAAGGUGUUUUGCUUUUAUACAGGAUAGCUGGAGACUGACAGCGAGUGAAUGGGGUUAACAGUCAGCAAAGGGCUGCAGGUUGGAAAUGAACUCGGGCCGCUGCAAAGGACUUUGCUCACGUGAGGCACACAAUCUACCAGUUAUAUCAAAAGGAGAGACGGGGUGAGAGGAUGCUUGGACGUCCCAGCUCCAGCUGCUUAGGCUGCUACGAUAUUCAGUAGUCAGGCCGGACAGUAGUGGAUGACAGUGAUCCAGCAUGGAGCCUGGGGCCUAUAAAUGGCACGUGGUUUUGCAUACCUGCCAGGUGUUGUGCGUCUCAACCCCCCCCCCGCCUGGAUCCCGUGCUCCAUGGUGAGGUGCACGAUGAAAGGCCUCGGGUGGCCCAUCAAAGAGCCCAUUGAGAUCCAGCCACGAGCAGGACAGAGGGCCACAGUGUGGGCCGUGGAAAUUUGACACCCUCUGACAGAAGCUCCAUACAGCCCACUCAGGGCCACGCUGACAGCAUCGCUCGCAGGAGAUCAGGCAUGUUCUCAUUCACUGCUACUGGCUCACUACCUGCUGACCCGGGCAGAGACACCGUUAGAGAGACACAGAGAGAGAGAGUGAGAUGUUUACAGUCAGAGAGAGAUUGAGCUGAACGAACAUGUGACAUAGACUAUCUUAAGUUUUAAUAUGUUGUUUAUCUUCCAUGAAAAAAUUAUAAUCCAGUUAGAUAUUUGCAGCAAAAUAAAAAAACAACCAAAAAAAAAGAGAUCCGAAUAUUUUACAAAGCUACCAUUACUACAUUACUACUGCAGUGUGCUGACCUUGAUGUGACAUGACUUUUGAUCUGUGCAAGGUUAUCUGAUGAAUGAUGUUUUGAUUCGUGACUGACAUGAAAAUUGUGGGUAUGUGUGCUGGACAAACAAAGUUAAACUGGGUGCCACUCAUUGAAUCUACACUACGUGUGUCAUAAUGGCCUCCGAA